AUGUGGGGCACAUCCAAGGAGCUCACAGGUUUUGGACUUGUGCUGGUUUUCAUUCUCUUCUCUGUGUUCCAGGCCAAGUCCUGCGUCUGCCACGUCUGUGGAGUCCACCUGAGCAGGCUGCACUCCUGCCUCCACUGUGUCUUCUUUGGCUGUUUCACAAAGAAGCACAUUCACGAACAUGCGAAGUCCAAACGGCACAACCUGGCCAUAGAACUGAUGUAUGGAGGCAUCUACUGCUUCCUGUGCCAGGACUACAUCUAUGACAAGGACAUGGAGACCAUCGCCAAGGAGGAGCAGCGGAAAGCUUGGAAACUGCAAGGUGUGGGAGAGAAGUUUUCAACAUGGGAACCCAGCAAGCGGGAGCUCGAGCUGCUGAAACACAACCCCAAACGGCGGAAGAUCACCUCCAACUGCACCAUAGGGCUGCGAGGGCUGAUCAACCUGGGCAACACGUGCUUCAUGAACUGCAUCGUGCAGGCGCUCACGCACACGCCGCUGCUGCGCGACUUCUUCCUCUCAGACCGGCACCGCUGCGAGAUGCAGAGCCCCAGCUCCUGCCUGGUGUGCGAGAUGUCCUCCCUCUUCCAGGAGUUUUACUCGGGGCACCGCUCCCCCCACAUCCCAUACAAGCUGCUGCACCUGGUGUGGACGCACGCCCGGCACCUGGCAGGGUACGAGCAGCAGGACGCACACGAGUUCCUCAUAGCUGCCCUGGAUGUGCUGCAUCGGCACUGCAAAGGUGAUGAUAAUGGGAAGAAGGCCAGCAACCCCAACCACUGCAACUGCAUCAUAGACCAGAUCUUCACUGGGGGACUGCAGUCGGAC